AUGACAGACAAUCGCAUCAGAAACUGCGUCGAAAGUCAGAUUGAGCUUCAAAUGCAAUCAUCCAUGCGCUUUACCGGAAAACACAACGUCCUUCAAUCUCAAGCCACUGCGACGAAUGAGGUGGUCGACUUUGAUUUUCACGCGCAAAUGUCAGAAUUUGCCGGUGUGAAGAUGAUUCAGAUAAGGCGGUUGGAUAUUGCACAAAAGAUUUUCAUGAUAACUGCAGAAGACGAAGAGACUGGUGAGGAGGAGCUGGUGCAGCAAGCGAUUGAAAAGUUGGAAAGAACAACCGCUCUUGGAUAUGAGAGGUUGGUACUCGAUGAAUACUCUCUGUCAAAUNNCGUAAUCCUAACAGAACUCAGAAUCACGUUUGACAACGUGUUCGUUAAUUAUGAUGGCAUGCUCGCCAGCUUGAAGACAUGGGCAAACCGCGCGAGAUAUGGAGGCAGAGUGGAGUUCGACAAUGAAAACAAAUCCGGUUCUUUGAACUCAGGAUCUUCUGGCGGUCCACAAAUCAGCAUCCAAGCUGUAUGGAGAUACAAGUGGGAGAAACCAAAGGCUCAAAGCACGACCCGAUACGCCCUGCCAACGAUACCAAGCAUACGUCCAAGAUCAAGACCUAAGACCUGGGACUUGCGAGUUCAGCAUGCUAUGGUGGAUGGCCAGAAAGGUGUCAUCUCUUUGGAAGACGAAACCAGCAGCUUUCCGGUGGUUAAAGCCAUAGCAAAAUACGCUUUGCACGAGACUCUGACCAUGCAAGAUAAUUUCGGGACGAGCAGAAUCCAUAGAUGGGGACUUGAUGAGCCAAAUGAUGAGCCUCCGUAUUUCGGAGCGAGGCAUCUUGGCGGAGUCGUAAGAAUAGAACUUCCACAGCCUUAUGCCGAGUAG